AUGAAGAGCAGUAAGAAAGUAAUAGCCGAUAUUGUGAGUAGAAUCUCCGAGUCUGGUAAAAUUGUAGGUAAUAAAACAAAUUCAAAAAGAGUGAGGCCAGCAAUAAUUAGUUCCAAUAAUUCGUUAGGGUUAUAUUAUAAAUGUUAUAAUCCAUCAUUGAUAAAACAAGACUUCGUGGAUUUAUUACCCUUCGACCAACGAAGUUCAAUAGAUUUUGAUUUCAUACGGAAGAGAGAUCCUAAAUAUUUUCAAUUUAAUGAUACCUAUUACUUACUAUUUAAAAACAAUCUCGAUAUGAACAAAUAUCAUAACGAGACUAUGAUGGGUAAGAUAAAUAAAAUGAGAGUAAAAUUGAUGCCUUUAGCAGAUAGAUCUUCAAAAACAAAUGGACAAGACAAAAUGAUGAAUAUUUUUAAUAGAUAUUCAAUGAAUUUAUUUAACGCCUAUGAUUCUGUAGAUAAAUAUUUUGAUGGUUUACAGGAUAGACCUACUCAAAUGGCAAUAGAUAAUGUUGAAAAAUUGAUAGAGAUAGAAUCAAAAUCUGUGCUAGUAUGGAAUCUACCAAUUAAAGUGUCAUCUCAUCAUAUUCAGGAUAUAUUUUGGUUCUACGACAUAAAACAUUGUUUUAGAUUAUAUUGGAAUAAUAAUAGUAUUGGAUCCAAAUCAUCAACUUUACAUUUUUUUGCAUUUAAUAACCCUAAUGAAGCUGAAAAAUUCAAGAAUAAUUUUCAUGGUACGUAUUUCAAUGAUGACCCUAACCAUAAAAUGCUAGUGGAAAGACUUUAA